AUGAAGGCCAAACGGCCGAUGAUGGGCAUUGCUGGUUUGACAAAACGUGAUAUUCAACUCGUUGUUGACGGAGGAUUCAACACGGUCGAGGCGGUGGCGUAUACACCUCGGCGAGUGCUGGAACAGAUCAAGGGGAUAUCUGAGCAGAAGGCUGCCAAGAUUUUGGGUGAAGCAUCCAAACUUGUUCCUAUGGGUUUUACAACAGCGACAGAGAUGCACCAACGACGCAGCGAACUCAUCUCCAUCACCACGGGCUCUAAAAACCUAGAUACCCUGCUGGGCGGUGGUAUCGAGACCGGGUCGCUGACGGAGCUUUUUGGCGAGUUCCGCACGGGCAAGAGCCAGAUCUGCCACACCUUGGCCGUGACGUGCCAGCUCCCCUUUGAUAUGGGCGGCGGCGAGGGGAAGUGUCUGUACAUUGACACGGAGGGGACCUUCCGCCCCGUCCGUCUGCUGGCCGUGGCCAACCGCUUCGGCCUGUCGGGCGAGGAGGUCCUAGACAAUGUGGCGUACGCGCGGGCCUACAACUCAGACCACCAGCUGCAGCUGCUCAACCAGGCGGCCGCCAUGAUGUGCGAGACGCGCUUCUCGCUGCUCAUCGUCGACAGCGCCACAUCGCUGUACCGCACCGACUUCUGCGGCCGCGGCGAGCUGUCCAACCGGCAGACGCACCUGGCCAAGUUCAUGCGCACCCUCCAGCGGCUGGCCGACGAGUUUGGCAUUGCCGUCGUCCUCACCAACCAGGUCGUCGCCCAGGUCGACGGUGGCCCCAGCGCAAUGUUCAACCCGGACCCCAAGAAGCCCAUCGGCGGCAACAUCAUCGCCCACGCCAGCACCACGAGGAUCAGCCUGAAGAAGGGCAGGGGCGAGACGCGUAUCGCCAAGAUCUACGACAGUCCCUGUCUCCCCGAGGCGGACACUCUGUUUGCGAUUUCCGAGGAGGGUAUCGGGGACCCGGCGCCCAAGGAUGUCGAGAAGGACUGA